UAGCAGUUAUCGCGAUACAUUUAUAAGUAUUUUUUUUUUCUAUCUAUUCACCAGAGGCUAACAGAAUUUUAGAUUCUUCGAACCCGGUCUUGUGAAGGAAAAUGGCAUCUAAGGGAAGAAAUCCCAAAAAAGGUGGAGAUCAAAAGCGAGAGAAACUACUCAUUGCAGCCAUCGAUUUUGGGUCAACGUAUUCUGGAUAUGCGUUCUCUUUUAAAGAUGAUUUCCAAAUCAAUCCCCUGAAGAUUUAUACUAACAACUGGUCUGCUGAGCAGUCCGGGGGAAUUUCUUACAAAGCACCUACCACUGUUUUGUUGAAGCCGGACCAGACGUUCCACAGCUUCGGUUACGAUGCUGAAGACAAGUACGCCACAUUGACAGAGGCAGAUGAACACGAGGGCUGGUACUACUUCAGCCGCUUCAAGAUGAAACUGAUGAAUGCAUUGGAUAUUUCUAGAGAUCAGUCUGGAAGUGAUCGUCUAUUUACUGAACUGAAGAGAGACAUGGAAAUAGAUGAUAUUGAUGGAAAAAAGAUGUCCUUCAUGACAAUCAUUGCUCACGCUAUUCGUUAUCUGAAAGAACAUUUACUCAAGCAACUAAAGGAGAAGAAUGUAUUAGACGCCAUCACAGUGGAUGGAAUCUUCUGGGUCAUUACAGUUCCGGCCAUUUGGACGGACUCGGCCAAACAAUUUACAAGAGAGGCAGCAACGGAGGCUGGUAUCCAUGACGAUCAGUUAAUGCUAGCCUAUGAACCGGAAGCCGCGGCCUUGUAUUGCCGUCUUCUCCCUAUUGACAAAUUUGAAAGUGGAGGAGAACACAAAGAAUUGGUGCUUCAGACGUUUGAACGAGGGAAAACAUUCAUGGUGUUAGAUCUUGGUGGUGGAACAGUAGACAUCGCUGUGCAACAAACAACACAAGAUGGGAAAAUGAAAACAAUUCAUAGGGUUUGUGGCGGACCCUGGGGAGGAACCAAAGUGGAUGAGAGCUUUCUCGGCUUUCUGAACGACUUAUUUGGACCCAAAGUCGUUUAUACUUUAAAAGAGGAAUGUAGGUCUGAAUAUUUAGAGUUCUUGCGAGGAUUUGAGAUGAAAAAAAGAACAAUUGAGAAUGAAUCCAACAGGAAGGUAACCCUGAAGAUCCCCGCAGCCUUUACGGACAUUGUGUUGGAAAAAACUGGCACUGCGAUCCAAGAUCAGAUUCAAACAUUGCGCUAUAACACCGCUGUUUCUUUUGCCGGGGAUAAACUUAUUAUUGAACAUGCAUUCUUUGAAUCCUUUUUCAAGAAGUCAGUAGCUGACAUUAUAUCUCAUCUUCAAAAUGUUUUGAAUGAUGAAUGCUGUCACAGUCUUGCUGGCAUAGUAAUAGUGGGAGGAUUUGCUGAAAGUGCAAUUGUCAAUUCCGCGAUGAAAAACGCCUUCCCAGAUCAAAGGUUUAUCAUUCCAAUGGAGGCAGGAUUAGCCGUUUGUAAGGGUGCUGUACUCUUUGGUCACGACCCAGACGUGAUUUUUUCUCGAAUAUGUCGAUACACAUAUGGUGAAAGCAUCUGUAAACCAUUUGACGAGGCCAUACACUCACUUUCAAAGUUUACUACUAUUGAAGGAUUGCCGUAUUGCAAACAGAUCUUUAGGAAGUUCUUUACAGAAGGACAAGUGGUUAUGCUUGAUACUGGAAUCGAAAUGGAAAGCGAAUGGUCGUUUGUUGAUGAAUGGAGGAAACAAGAACGAUUUAAACCAAUAACAUUACAUGUAUACAUUUCUGAUAAAAAAUGUCCGAUGUAUGUAGAUGAUGAAGGGUGUCGAAUGUUGGGUGUGGUCAAAGUAAAUUGUGAUAAUGGUAACUGGCCCGAAAGGGUUUAUGUUACAACAAGAAUGGAAAUCGCCGGAACUGAAAUAAAGGUUACUGCCACGAUGCAUACCGGUGAAAAAGUCAGCGCAACCUUUAAUUUUCUAUGAAGCCAAUCUAGAGAAUCAUUUAAACAGCUAAAAUAUUACUGAAGCUGUAGCAAGCUGUAUAUCGUACAAUACAUUGUAAAGUGUUACAUAUACGUAGAAUAUUGACAGUGAGAUUUGACGUAGGAAUUGAUAUAAUGCAACAGUUUAGAAAUUUAUCUAACUUAUUUAGCAAAAAUGAUAUCGCAAAAAAUUGUUUAAUUUCCUUUACGCUAAUAAAAGCUAGAAAGAUAGUAUAUGCCAAUCAAUAAUAAAUAAUGAAUUACUAAUCUAUAAAACCAAAGGUGGCAAAGUUUUUUAUUUUCAUUGUGUUGUAUUAUUAAUAUUAUGUAGUAGCAUCCACAUAUCAUGAAUGUCAUAAUUGAGAGCAUUCCAGAUACAACUUCGUGGUUAUUGACGCUUACUGGUAUUGUAUCUUUUACAACAUGGAAUGACAAUAAAUCAAUCAGUCUAGAUA